CAUCAGUUUAGCCACCACACAAACUGGAAAGAACGUCGUGUGUGUAAUUAUUGACGAUACUGAAUACAUCAAAUUAUUUAUUGUAUUAUACAUGUAUUUUUAUUUUAACGGUGGGAAUAAUCAAGUUGCAUAGAAAAAUAAACUUUGUUUCCGCCGGCGCGAUCCUCAUCUAGAAGCCUAAUUUGUUGUUUACGAAAUACAGUCAGGCUUGGUCGCCAAUAGCCUAUACUCCUAAUUUGAGUGACAGUCUUUUAUACUGUCAAGUGAGAGAUUAUGGCCGGAGUACGCUCGGCUGGUAUGGCACUUUUGAAGGCUUGUCGCACGACGUCCAUGGGCGCCGCGGCGAGCAGGCGCAGCAGCAGUGGCAGGUCAGCGGGAAAACCUCUGGCGGGCGCUGCCAGGACGCAGACGCCGUCCUGCCCCACGCCGUCGACCCCUCCGCCGUCCUGUCCGCCCCCAAAGCCCAGCAGCCCCCCGCCGGCGCCACCGCGGCCCCCGACGGGCGCGCCCUCCACGCCGCGGACCCCGUGCGGGACUGGGACGCCGGGCUCGCAUGGCCCCGGGCCGACGGGAAGCACCCCGACGACCCCUGCGGCGAAACCCGGCCAGCGCGGCGAGGUGGUGGCCGUCAUCGGCGCCGUCGUGGACGUGCACUUCGCCGACGGCCUGCCCAGCAUCCUGAGCGCGCUCGAGGUGAAGGACCGAGAGACGCGCCUCGUCCUGGAGGUCGCCCAGCACCUGGGUGAGGGCACGGUGCGGACCAUCGCCAUGGACGGCACGGAGGGCCUGCGCCGCGGCCAAGAGGUGGUCGACACGGGCAAGCCCAUCAGCGUCCCGGUGGGGACGGCCACCCUGGGCCGCAUCAUGAACGUCAUAGGCGAGCCCAUCGACGAGCGGGGACCCAUCGAGACGGACGUUCGCGCCCCGAUACACAGCGACGCGCCCGAGUUCGCCGAGAUGAGCGUCGAGCAGGAGAUCCUGGUGACGGGCAUCAAGGUGGUGGACCUGCUGGCGCCUUACGCCAAAGGCGGCAAGAUUGGCCUGUUCGGCGGCGCGGGCGUGGGGAAGACCGUGCUCAUCAUGGAGCUCAUCAACAACGUGGCGCGCGCACACGGCGGCUACUCGGUGUUCGCCGGGGUCGGGGAGCGCACCCGGGAGGGCAACGACCUCUACCACGAGAUGAUCGAGGGCGGCGUCAUCUCCCUCAAAGACAAGUCCUCCAAAGUGGCGCUGGUGUACGGCCAGAUGAACGAGCCACCCGGGGCGCGCGCGCGGGUCGCCCUCACCGGGCUCACCGUCGCGGAGCACUUCCGGGACGAGGAGAGCCAGGACGUGCUCCUCUUCAUCGACAACAUCUUCCGCUUCACCCAGGCCGGCUCGGAGGUGUCGGCGCUGCUGGGCAGGAUCCCGUCGGCCGUGGGCUACCAGCCGACGCUGUCCACGGAGAUGGGGGACAUGCAGGAGAGGAUCACCACCACCAAGAAGGGCUCCAUCACCUCCGUGCAGGCUGUGUACGUCCCCGCGGACGACCUGACGGACCCGGCGCCCGCCACCACGUUCGCGCACCUGGACGCGACGACGGUGCUGUCCCGCGGCAUCGCCGAGCUGGGCAUCUACCCCGCCGUGGACCCGCUGGACUCCACCUCGCGUUGCAUGGACCCCGCCGUAGUAGGCGAGGACCACUACCGGACGGCCCGCGGCGUGCAGAAGAUCCUGCAGGACUACAAGUCGCUGCAGGACAUCAUCGCCAUCCUGGGCAUGGACGAGCUCUCGGAGGAGGACAAGCAGACGGUGGCCCGGGCCCGCAAGGUGCAGCGCUUCCUGUCGCAGCCCUUCCAGGUGGCCGAGGUGUUCACGGGGCAGGCCGGCAAGCUGGUGCCCCUCGAGGAGACCAUCAAG